CGACUGUUAGCUGUGUAUGUGCUGUGCACUCUCCCUUUUAGUCACUAGUAUUCAUCACAGUCUGAAUUCAUCCACAAUAAUUCAUCGGGUUGUGUGUGCGCGUGCGUGUGUGUGGCCGGUAAUUAGUUGUUUCAAAAAGAGUUAUAAUUGUGCACUGUGUUCAAAGUGUCUCCCAUAUUCUGUGUAGCCCUAAAGAAAAAAGACAAUUUUAAUUCAGUUAACUUGAAUAAAAAAUAAAUUGACAAUGUGAAAAAUCUGUGACUAUAAAUGUGGAAAUAAUUAUCGAUGUGGCAAGGAUGGAAAUAUCUACGUCUACUGGCUCAAUGAUCAGUCACAUACAUUUUUAAAUAUUGUAUGAUCAUUUCAAUGUAAUUAAGUGACGAUUAAGUGGCAAAAUAAGUGAAAAAGAUCGUAGAAUUGGCGACGAACGGCCCGGAAGUGAUGAUGAGGGGCGGAAGUGGUCCAGUAGUGGCGGCGGCCGUAGCCAUGUUGGAACAACACCAGGGGGGCGGUUUGCGCCGGGUGGGAGGCGUCAAUGUGCUACCCCGCGCCAGUGCUGCCCCCGGGGCACGGACCCCUGGGGGCCGGCAGUGCAGCCGGGACACGUCUUCGUCUCCCUCCAGUUCAGAAGCCACCUCUUCGGAUGACGACAAACGGACGGAUUCUAAAGUGGAGGACGAGGUAGGUGAAGAUGUCGGAUCCGAACCUGAAAGGCAAAGGAAGAAGAUGGAGUUCUGGACGCAGCCUAGACGAGAGGAAGGGGUUUCUUUCUCAUCAGACAGUUCUUCAUGUUCGGGAUCUGAUCAAGGCAAUGUGAAAGAUGAACACAACACAACCGAAUGCGAUGAAGACUUUCAGUGGGUGAAAAACUGCCCGAAAACUGGUGGCGGGCCACACGAGAACACUAACGCCGACGAGGACUCAUCAAGUAGCUAUGUACUGAAGGAGUUCGAAGAUAUCUACAACAAGUGCACUGCCACCGCCAAUCAGAAACCAGAAGAACCUAAAGUGGUCUACAGGCGCCCCGCCUCCAACAGUCUGGACCGCAACCAUCGACAUUCUUAUCGCAAAGACCGCGAUGGCAAGUCCAAAUCGCAACAGAAUCAUGCGCCGGAACAUCCGCGUUAUCCGCCUAGCUGUCUGCCAAGCUGUCCGCCAGGUGGUGGUUAUGAUUUCCACAGACACUACGGGAGCACACCACGUCUCGACUGUUACCAGCACACUGUCUGUUGCCACUUUCCCUACAGUCUACCACCUCCCACAGCUGCGCUCUGUCCCUACGAUCAGUCGUCGUAUCCUUUGCGCUAUUUCAACAAGACUCCAGCUGAAGCAGACGAGCAGCUCAGGAGAUUGGAGGGAGACAAGCAGUCUUUGUCGUUACAGGUGACCGUCCUCAACGACCAAAUCGAAGCUCAAAGCGAGAAGAUCAGUGAUCUUGAGAAGACUCUCGAAGAACAGAAAAAGCAAAUAACCAAUGCUGAAAAUCUGUUGCAGAGGGAGGUGCUGACACGAUCGUCGCUGGAAACGCAGAAACUUGAGCUGUUGGCGGUCGUAACGGAGCUGAAGCGACAACAGGCGUGCCUCGAGCGAGAGAACGUGGAUCUGCGUGAACGCCUCGGCGACGAGCGACGUCGCCAGAAGCCGCCCCCCGCACCCCCACGGGUAUCCCCCUUUGCCUCCACGCCCAACAACCGCACCCAAGAUGGUCAUAACUACAAUUCAUCACCGACACCAAGUCCUAUUCUACAAAAUAAUGUGAGAAAACUUUCUGAAGACAGUUCUUCGCCAAUUUUACAUCAGACCGGCUUCCAGACGCGACUAGGCAACCCGCAGUACAGCAGUCUGCCGCGUCAGCACCAUUUGCAAGCAGCGGCGACCGCCGACCAGCCAACCGCAACCGCGCUGAAGAACCGCGUCGCUUUUGGUAGGAAUCAGCACUUGUACUUGCUCAGCCAUUCUGGCGACCGCUGCUCAUCGGUGCCAAAUUUAGCCGAAUCGGAAACAGUUGUGAUAAGUGACACAGCAUCAGAAGCCGAUGUGUCAAAUGCCAAUGGAAACUAUUCGCAAAAUUCCACGCCCAGUCUGCAAAUGAACAAGGCCCGAGGAAUAAAGAAGAUAUUCACAAGGAUAAAGCGCAGUGGCUCGGGAAGUUUGGACGACAUUGUUGGCGAUGGCGAGUUCCGCCGUGGAGGUGUUAGAGCCACGGCAAACGCCCGACUCGGCUGGACCACUAAUCAAACCACACGCUCGGAUCAACCGUUCUCUGAAUGGAACACAGAUGCGCUGUGCGCGUGGCUGACCGACCUGGGCUUGGACUAUUGUGCCACUGAGGCCAAACGGUGGAUCAAAUCUGGCACACAGCUGCUCAACGCCACGCAGUCCGAAGUCGACAAAGAGCUCGCUAUUAAGAACCCGCUGCACCGUAAGAAGCUGCACCUGGCACUGUACUGUGAGCGGGGUGGCGGAAACGUAACUGAUAGCACCCUAGUGGCGGCUGGAGCCCUGGGCACCGGCUGGGUGCUACGCUGGCUGGACGACGUCGGUCUGCCGCAGCACAAGGACGCGUUUCUGGCCGCACGCGUUGACGGACGUCUUCUGCAUCGGUUGACCUUGGACGACCUCGCCGCUCUGCAUGUCACUAAUGCGCUGCAUGUGGCUAGUGUUCGCACUGGCAUACAGGUGUUGAGAAACAACAAUUUCGACGGCAACUGUCUAAUACGUAGAUCGGCGCCGGAUUCAUCGGAAAACGUGGGGCCGGCCGAGAUCGCCCUCUGGACCAACCACCGCGUCAUGGAGUGGCUCAGAGCCGUCGACCUUGCUGAAUAUGCUCCCAACCUCAGGGGUUCAGGAGUGCACGGAGGCCUGUUGGUGCACGAGCCUCGCUUCACAGGUGAGCUGUUGGCCAGCCUGCUCUCGAUUCCCCCGGGGAAGACGCUGCUACGUCGUCACCUCACCACACACUUCAAGGACCUGCUGGGGCGUGACGUCAUCCAGGAGAAGCGCGACGCCGAAGCCCAACUCGGAUAUGUGCCACUGACCACCACUGCCAAAGUCAAGGUAGCUAAGAAAUCGCAGUUCACACUGAAGCGCAAAAAGUCGAAAGGCGAACUUGACUACGGCGAGCUGGUCUGUCCGCUGGAUGGGUGUCGCGAGACGAUGCAAGGUGAUCUCCCCAACAUGGCUGCCGCUCAAAACUCACCUCAAAAUACUACCACUACCACUACCACUGCUAGCCUAACUAGUAUCACUACUUCUGUGCCUUCUGUGGCAGCGGCGGCUAGAGUACAAGUUCAAAAUCCAGGGGGUGUCUCUCUUGAGCCUGUAUCGUCUUCCAUACAGUCGAACUCGUUGACUGGAAGCCAGUCUGCACUGUCAAUCACAGAUCGCAGCAGCAACGUCUGAUGUUUGGCCUUGGGGGGGCGUCUGGGCCAGCCCCCAACUAACUACCAAAUACUGCGACACAAGUCCACUGCCAGGGCGACGGUCAUCUACCAGUACUCCAGACAUAGUUUAGGCUCUUUCUAGAACGGUGGUGAGGACCCAUUCAACUAAACACAUAUUCACGCGCUAAUAUCUAGUGUUACACAAGUAGACACUAGGAUAAUCAUCAACUAAUAAUUUUAGUUAAUUACAAUCACAAGAUUUACUAAUUGAAUCCAGUAAAACUAAUAAUCAUGAACUUAUUGAUUGUAAACUAUUACAAUCAUUCUAAAAUAAGAAUUUGUUAUUUACAGAUGGAAAUUACUGAGAUAUUGCAAUUAUUCAAAUGCUAAUGAAUCAAUUAUCAUUAUUAAACGAAAAUCCAAAUUAAUUGCUGUAAUUCACCCCGAAGACUUCUGCUACUGCAAAUAU